AUGAAGUCCUCCGUGGCCGUCGCCAUCGCUCUUGCCGGCCUUGCCGCCGCGCAGACUGACCUCCCCAAGUGCGCUCAAGGUUGCGUCACCCAAUUCACCUCUGGCAACGCCAUCGCCGGCUGCAGCAGCCUCGACGUCAAAUGCAUCUGCUCCAACGCGAACUUCCUCGACGGCAUUGCCUGCUGCCUCGUCGGUGCUUGCCCCGAGGCUGAUCAGAAGACUGCCGUCAAGUACGCCCAGAACAUCUGCACCGGCGCCGGCGUAUCUGUGCCCGACCAGGUCGUCUGCAAGACCGCCAACGCCUCGACUUCUGCCUCCCCGACCUCUCCUUCCCAGGCAUCUCCAUCCCAAACCGGCGCUGCCCAGACCAGCGCGCCUGCAUCCGUCCCCAGCACACCCAGCUCCUCCGCCGCAACCUUGGGCCCGGUUGCCCUGCUGGGGGGUCUCGUUGCUGCUCUGUUGGCUUUGUAG